AUGGAGGUGGUGACGGGGGCACUGCGGAGCCUUCUCGCUAAGCUUGGCAAUCUGCUUGUCGGCGAGUACAAGUUGCAAAAGGGGGUGAAGGGGGAGAUCAUGUUCCUACAGGCCGAGCUUGAGAGCAUGAAAGUUGCCCUCGAGAAGCUCUCGGAGGCACCGGCAGACCAGCUCGAUGAGCAAGACAAGAUUUGGGCCAGGGAUCUACGAGAGCUGUCCUACGACAUCGAGGACAGCAUCGACACAUUUGUGGUGUGGGGCAAGGGGAAUGAGCAGGCCAAGGGCUUCAGGAAGUACAUUGAUAGGAGCCUCGAUUUGUUGACUCGGUUUCGGUUGCGCCGUAAGAUUGCUACUGAGAUAAGAGACAUCAAGAGGCGUGUCGUAGAGGUGAGCGAUCGGCGUGAGAGGUACAAGAUUGAUAGUGUUGUUGCUCAGCCUGUCAAGAUAAAUGUUGAUCCUCGUUUGUUGGCUCAGUACACAAAUGCAGCAGAGCUUGUUGGCAUUGAUGAGGUAAGAGAUGAGGUGAUCAAGAUUCUGGUGGAAAGGAAAGAAGUAUACAGGCAGCAAGACAAAAUAGUUUCCAUAGUUGGAUUUGGAGGCUUGGGAAAGACAACUCUUGCUAAUGCGGUUUACCAAAAGCUUCGGGCACAAUUUGAUUGCUCUGCUUUUGUUUCGGUGACUCAGAAUCCUGAAAUGGACAAAUUAUUCCAGGACUUAUUCUAUCAACUUGCCAAGAGAAACAAUUCAAGGAUCAAUGUUAUUGAUGAGAUCAGCGAGUUCCUUCAGAGCAAGAGCUAUGGAGGCUAA